AGAGGUCCCUAUAACAUGGCUCGUACAAAGCAGACUGCUCGCAAAUGGACCGGUGGUAAAACACCGAGGAAGCAACUAGCUACCAAAGCCGCUCCCAAGAGUGUGCCCUCUCUUGGAGGGGUGAAGAAACCUCAUCGUUACAGGCCUGGUACUGUGGCACUUUGUGAAAUUAGACGUUAUCAGAAGUCCACUAAACUUCUGAUUCGCAAACUUCCCUUCCAGCGUCUGGUGCGAGAAAUUGGUCAGGACUUCAAAACAGAUCUGCGCUUCCAGAGUGCAGCUAUUGGUGCUUUGCAGGAGUCAAGUGAAGCCUAUCUGGUUGGACUUUUUGAAGAUACCAACCUGUGUGCUAUGCAUGCCAAACAUGUAACAGUUAUGACGAAAGACAUCCAGCUAGCACGACGCAUACGUGGAGAACGUGGUUAAGAAUCCACUAUGAUGGGAAACAUUUCAUUCUUUAAAAAAAAAUUCUCUUCUUCCUGUUAUUGGUAGUUCUCAACGUUAGAUUUUUUUCCCAUGGGGUCAAAAAGGUCCCUUAGUAUAUGAUUGCAAGUGGAAAAUAGGGGACAGAAAUCAAGUAUUGGCCGUUUUUCCACUUUCAUUUGUGUGUGAAAUUUUUUAAUGUAAAUGUAGGGACAUAAAGCAUUAAUGCAAGUCAAGGUGUUUCAGUGAACAAGUUUCAAGCAGUUCAACUUUAUAACAAUAUAAAUAAACCUGUUAAAUUUUUCUGGA